AAAUUCGAUUAUAUUCUGAUUUUCCUUAAUUUUCAUAAUGCUUAUUUGAAGGAAGGAUCAAUUUCUCAAUUAUGAGCACCGGUGACUAAAAGCAUUAAAGCAAACUCUUUGUAUUGAUUAAGUUAGAGCUUUGUCAAUAACAAGUGAGAGCUUACAGAUGCUUGUUCAAAUCUUCGCUAAUGUCCGGGCCUGAAACGGAUUGUUUUAUAGUUAUUGGUGUAUCACGACCUAAAUUAGCUGCGAUCUUUUUUUCUGUCAUGCUGAUAUCGCUAUUUCUAACAUUUCACAUAUUGUACGACUCUGCCGUUUACUCAAUUCAGGCUGCCACGACGAUAUCAGAUGGUAAUAAGAUAGCAAUAUUAACAAAUCGAGUUUCACAUUUAGAUAACCAACCGAUCGGAUUUCCACAUCGCUUUCACUUUCCCAAAACGAGUCGGAAGUUACCUCAAUGUCUUAUCAUUGGCGUGAGAAAAUGUGGAACACGAGCUCUUCUUGAAAUGUUGAACCUUCAUCCACGCAUUCAGAAAGCGGCUGGAGAAGUUCACUUUUUUGAUCGAGAUGAGAAUUACAACAAAGGGUUAGAAUGGUAUAGAAAAAAGAUGCCACAUAGUUUCCGGGGACAGAUAACAAUCGAAAAGAGUCCAAGCUAUUUCGUGACACCAGAGGUUCCAGAACGAGUCCGCGCGAUGAAUUCUUCAAUAAAAUUGCUGUUAAUUGUGCGAGAACCAGUAACGCGUGCAAUUUCAGAUUAUACACAAUUGAGAAGCCAUGCAGCAACAUCUAUUUUACCAUCUUUAACUACUUCAAUCCAACAGCAGGCAUCACAAACAACGUCAUCCAUUUCAAGAACUUUUGAAGAGCUUUCAAUUCUUCCAAACGGAACUGUUAAUAUGUUUUAUCGUCCGCUUGUUCUUUCGAUGUAUCACCAGUUCAUUUUAAGGUGGCUUGAGAUAUUUCCACGUGAACAGUUACUAUUGGUAAACGGUGAUCAACUGAUAGAAGAUCCAUUAUCACAAAUACGUCGGAUAGAAGAUUUUCUAGGUAUCGAGCGUCGUAUUAGUCAACAUAAUUUCUAUUUCAAUGAAACAAAAGGAUUUUAUUGUCUACGAACAGAGAUGGGUGAUAGUAAAUGUUUACGUGAGACCAAAGGACGUCGUCAUCCUGAUGUCGAUCCGAAAGUGAUAUCAAACUUAAGAAAAUUUUUCGCGGAACAUAAUCAGAAAUUUUACGAGAUAGUAGGAGAAGACCUUGGUUGGCAGGAAGAUUGAAAAUGUUUUACAGUCUUAAUAAAGCUUUGAAAGUUUUGUUGUUUUCUUGGAUAUUUAUUGUAAACAUUUAGAUAGGUAACCGUGAGAAUAGUAUGAUAAGAAAUCUAAUAUUAAAUCAUGAUAAAACUGAAACUUAAACAUAUCAAGCAAAAAGCAAAACCAAAGAAGUUUUACACGCAAAUUAUAAGACAAUGAAGCUACGCAUGUUUUAUCAAGAAGCAUGUGAAAGCGUAAUCUUAAACAUAUCAUGAAAAAACAUAUCAAUUUACAUAUUGUUGCUUCGUCAUUCUUUUAUGGGAAUUUUUAGAAACGAGAAACGUUUCACAAACUUGAUUUCGGACGACGUGAGCUGAAAGUAAAGAAAAAA